CAUUUUAUUUCAGGGUGAUAUAUUGUGAAGAUUUCAAGAAGACAUCCGUCCUGUUUACAUGUUACACAUGGUCCGCUCUGCCCCUCCCCUGUAGGGACUUUUGUCAGCCCGCUGCCAAAAUAUGUGAAAGUCAAUCCAAGCCCUGUCGCUCAGCGAGCAUGUUAUUUAAAACUGGACACCAUCAUGGCAGGGGCACCGAGCAGCAGCUCUACUGAAGUCAGCGAGGAUCCACCCUGUAACCCGUGAAAACAACGCUUCUGUGGACAGACUCGAGAGAUUCUUUGUAUUUUUCGUCCUGCCCGUCGAGCCCCAGAUGUCGCUCCCAGUGGUGCUGCCGGGGUCUUGCUGUCCGGUUAUCGGGGCUUCGCAGCUCGCUGAGUCGUCUUACCGAAACCGACCCCGUGGCUUGUCCGCCUCUUCCCGGAUCGCCGGCGGGGGCUCUCGGCUGCUACUACCGGGGCGGCCGCUGCUCUCGCUGGGCUUGUUGCAGCUGCUGCUCGGCGGCUCCAUGGUGGCGCUUUGCUUUGGAGCUCUGUCCCUCAGUAACUCACCACCUAUCCGAAACUCCUGUCCCUUCUGGGCAGGCUCCUCGGUCAUUCUGUCUGGCAUUGUUGGCCUUACAACAUGGAGAAGGCCCAUGCUUCUACUGGUCAAUGUGUUUGUCCUGCUGUCUGUGGUGUGUGUGCUCCUUAAUCUGGCUGGAUUCAUCCUGUGCUGCCAGGGAGCCCAGCUGGUUUCCAGUAUGACCAGCUGCCAAUUGAGUGAGGCUGGCAAUGUUUGUUACUGCUGCUCCCUCUCCCCCAGCUCCAAAUGUCCUGAGGAGAAGCUGCUGGAGCUCCACCCUGCCCACUCCUGCAACACCAUGAGGAUCCUUCUCAAGAAAGUCUUGUUUGCACUGUGUGCUCUGAACGCUCUGACCACAGCUGUGUGCCUCAUGGCAGCUGCCCUGAGAUACCUGCAGAUCUUCACCGCCAGAACCCCCUGCACGGAUGAGCACAGGGCCACAGUUGAAGACAGGGAGGAGCCUCCUCCGGUCCCAGACCCAGAUGAGUUUGUGGCCCCAGCCCCUCCCCCCUCCUACUUCUCCACCUUCUACUCAUACACACCACGCCUGGCUCGCAGGAUCCUUGGGGACAGUGUGAUCCCUCUGCCUCAUAUCUACGGGGCUCGGAUCAAAGGGGUGGAGGUCUUCUGUCCAUUGGAUCCUCCACCUCCAUAUGAGGCUGUUGCUGGAAGCUCCCCCAAUGCAGUCACACAGGAGACAGAGGUGGCUCUGACAGAGCUGACAGUGGACCCACCUGCCUCUCCACCAGGAGCCUCUGUUCAAGACAGGAGUCCCCAAAUGGCAUCGGCAUCAUCAGACAUCGUUCCGCAGGCUAAGCCUCAGCUCCAACUCCAGCCUCAGCCCCAGCUCCAGCCUCCUCCUCCUCCUCAGCAGCAACAGGCCUCUACAGCACCGACCUCCUGGAGGAAAGCAAGGAUCCACCGCUCCAGCAGUGACCCGGUGUUGAUAGACCUCGCUGCCAAAGUGCUAAGCAGCAGCGACGCUCCCCUUGCUUCCUCUCCUCAGACCACAGAUUCCUCCACCCAGACCUCCCAGCCCACACUGGCUGCCUAUACCCAGGGCCAGGUCACACUGCGUCGGGGCAACAACGACAGCAGGACCCCUCGCCGGCCCCGGCCCUCCUCCAUGGUGGACUACCAGAGCUACAGACACACACAGCAGCUGGUCAGGAAAAUCUUGGAGCAGCCAGCCGCCCAGGGCCUGGCCCCGGAGGUCCAGGAGCUGGUGGACAGCAUACGGAAUGUCCUGCAGUCAGAUCAGGAGCACAUGGAGGAGGCUGUACGCUGCGCCAGUUACAUAGAACAGGCAUUCACUGACUCAGAGAUGGGUCCCGGUCAGCCUAAACCUGCCAAGCAGCCAGCAGGGAGUUACUCCCAGACUUUCCCUCGCCCCCCCAGGAGACGGCCCGGUCUGCUGCACCUGCAGAGCUGUGGGGACCUCAGCUCCUUCACCUGUGCUGCAUUGGAGUCUGUGGAACAUGGAGGAAACAGAAGAGCGGGCUCUAGAGGGGGUUCAAGGGCAGGGUCAAGGACAGGGUCCCGCCGGGAUCAACCCGAACGCCCUCACAGUCUGAUUGGAGUCUUUAGAGAGACGGUGCUUUGAGGAAAAAACUGUUGUGUUAAAAUACGUUGGAUGGCAACACAGCUGGAUGCUGCCUCAACUAUUGCUAAAAACUCUGAGGAAACUUUUUGAAUCCAACCACUAAGGAGGAUAUGUGUGUGUGUGUGUGUGUGUGUGUGUGUUUAGAUGUGUAUGUAUGAAUGCAGUUAUUAAAAAAAACAAAAACAAACUUUUUUGCUCUGCUAAUACUGUUUUUGUGACAACUUAUUUGUUACAUAUAAAAAAAUAUGGAAACUUGUAUUGAAACAUAUUGUAGUACCUGGCAUCCCAAGUUUUGUAUGCACUGAGAUUUUACCACUGUAAUAAGUUUGCAUUUGUUCCAGUCAGCUCAAUACAGCUAUACAUGACAGCCA